CAACUCCCCCCAUAAUGGCUGAUCAACUAUCCAAAGAGCAAAAGUCUGAAUUCAGGGAAGCAUUUUCCUUGUUUGACAAAGACGAUGAUGGAGCCAUAACUACGGGUGAAUUGGGCUCGGUUAUGCGUUCAUUGGGUCUGAACCCAACAGAGGCCGAACUCCUUGCCAUGAUUAGGGAAGCGGGCGUCGACUCAAACAAGACAAUCGAUUUCCUUGAAUUCCUGGGGAUGAUGGCAAGAAAAAUGAAGGAUAUAGACAGCGAGAGCGAGGCUAGGAAGGUGUUCGAGGUAUUCGCUGAAAUGCCCAACAAGGACUACCUCACGGCUGCAGAACUUGAAGAAGUUGCCUCCCGCUUCGGGGAUGACCGUGAAGUAGAGUUGUUCAAGAUAGUGAUGAAAAGCUAGAUCACACUCGCAUCAUCGCCCUAAAGAAGUCUACUAAGCGCUAGCUAAGACUGCUUCUGUGGCUGACUCUCCUAUUGUCGUCGGUUAUCGCAACGAGAUGAAGU